CAAACGGCCAAUUCGAACUACAACCUAAAAUCGAAACUAAAAAUUGUGAGUCUUUCCAGGUUAAGUCUAACAAAAAAGUACAAAACCAUCAUAUACCUCUCCGUUAAACCCUUUCUACAGGCUUGAUCUACAAUUUUAGGAGUAAAUUAGAUGACGACGACAAUUUAUUAGGUUGAUGUUGGCUUCUCAUAAUAAUCAACGCGUUGCCAAAAUUAUUGUAUUGACCUCAUGAUGAUGGCCCUCACAUGGUUAAGUGCAAUUCUAGUUGGAGCAGGGUGCCUUGCACUGGGGUACUACUUUGGUGCUCGUCAUCCUGCUCGUUUACUCAUUUCAUCUGCAACAUCCAAAGCUCAUGCUUCUAGUUCCAAUAAUGGAAGCAAGAAAAAGAACUCCCAAGCGGCUCUUGAGAUUGAAAAGCUAGCUGAUAUUCUUGAAGAUUUCAAAAUGGUAUUAGUAGUGAGGAAUGACUUGAAGAUGGGUAAAGGAAAGAUUGCUGCCCAAUGCAGUCAUGCUACGUUAGGGCUCUACAAAAAGCUCCAUAGCCGAGCACCAAAAGCUUUGAAUCGGUGGGAGAUGUGUGGGCAGGUUAAAGUAGUUGUCAAAAUUGAUAGCGAGGAAGAGAUGCUGGCUUUGCAGGGAAGGGCCAAGUCAAUUCAUAUACCCACGCAUAUUGUGAUUGAUGCUGGUAGAACACAAAUAGCACCAAAUUCUCGGACAGUCAUGGCAGUUCUAGGACCCGCUGACAUGGUUGAUGAUGUAACUGGAGGACUGAAGCUUCUUUAAGUGGCUUAUUUAUUGAAGAUGGUUGCUAAUUUGGCAAAUGCAGGGACACCGACCUUGUUGUUGUAAUUCCAAGGGGGCAGGGAGCGGGGGGCAUGGAAUAGCAAGGCUGCUUUUCUGCAAAUCAAUCAUUUAAUCUUAUCCCAAGUUUUACUAAUUGGAGGCAAAACUUUUGAUGUUUCAUUUGCUAAUUGGAUAUCUUCCUGUUUGGUCCUACUGCUGGCUACUUAAUUUGGUAUUAGUAUUGUGAUGUUGAUGAAGUUUGUUUCACUUUUUUAUUUUUGUCAAUUCGUUGUCUUAUAAAUUUACGGGAAAGUUGCUCAAUUCCACAUUGAAGUUCCUGUUGUCGUAAGAGCAUUAUUAUUGUUCACCACUUGCUGAGAUUUAUUUUGGGACUAUUAAUAGUGAACUCGAUUUGUUCAAGGUA